CUGUGAGAUGAAUCAAACAGUGUGCUACGAGGUGAUAUGUGGAGAGGAGGGAAAAGACAAGCCAUUCCAGGGAAAAGACGGACUGUGGACCUGUCCGGAGCCGGCCGCUGAGGAAGAGGAAUCCGGUACGAUGACCAGAAAGAGGACCUCUGAAGUGCGUGGUACCGAGGGCCAGGAUUGUGGAGAACAUCAGGCAGGAGACACCUGGUUAUCUGAUGACGGUGAAAAGAACUGCAUCUGUGAGAUGAAUCAAACAGUGUGCUACGAGGUGAUAUGUGGAGAGGUGGGAAAAGACAAGCCAUUCCUGGGAAAAGACGGACUGUGGACCUGUCCGGAGCCGGCCGCUGAGGAAGAGGAAUCCGACUAAAUUCCAAGCUGAGAAGAGCCAGCGCUGUUCAUUGCUUGAAGCGCUCAGCAACUGAUGGAACUUUCCAAUGAGAGUCAACCUGGUGUACCUUACGAGGGUAGUUUAAUUAGGAUUUCGCCUGCCCCCUCCAGGUUAUUAUAGAAGACCUAAAUUUCAAACGUACAGAUAUCCAUAAAUGUCAUAUACUUAUUCUUAUUUUGGAACUUCCGAAAAUUUCAAUCAGGGUCCCCAAUAUACGAGGUGUGUAAAAAAAGGUUUUUAAAGACUAAUUUCAUUGUGACCAGCAGAAAUUAAACACUUAUUACCUAAUGGUAUACAACAAGUUUCGUUAAUUUAUAUAUCAACUACGUCAAAUAAUACCCGGACUUUAUAGAUCAGGCGAAAUAGUUAUUGAAUUGAAAAGCUUUAUAUCUAUCAUCUACUCUUUACCAAUAACUCUAUAGUCUCUAUUCCUUGCACAUAGUUUUAGAAUAUAGACGCCAUUUGCAACGACUAGUUUUCUGUGGCCUACGUCAAAUCUAAGUUGCCUCAACAUAUACUUGCCUUCUUUCCUCCCUCCUUUAUCAAGUAUCGUAAUUGUGAUCUUUUUUGAUCUUCUAAACUAGAGGCUGUUUAUUUGGUGCAUUCAGUGUAUCUGACACUCCAUUUUAAAUUUCUUGCACACUUCUAUACCCUUCUUUAUUAAGUAUCAUAAUGGUCAUCUUUUCUGAUCUUCUAAACUAGAGGCUGUUCAUUUGGUGCCUUCUGUGUAUUUCAUACUCCAUUUUCUUGCACACUACUGUACCCUCCUUUAUCAAGUAUCAUAAUGGGAAUCUUGUCUGGUCUUCUAAACUAGAGGCUGUUCAUUUGGUGCCUUCUGUGUAUUUCAUACUCCAUUUUCUUGCACAGUACUGUACCCUCCUUUAUCAAGUAUCAUAAUGGGAAUCUUGUCU